AUGACGAGCGAGACGUACGCGCGAACGCUGGCGCGGACGCGGGUGGGGAUUCGCGCGGCGAUUCGCGCGGCGACGGGCGCGAACGCGGACGACGACGACGGCGCGUCGUCGGAUGAAGACGGAGAGACGAUGUUUGAGGUGAUGCGGGAUGUUUUGGACGCGCGAUGCGAUGCGGUGGACGCGUGCGUGAUGCUGGCGCGGGGGGAUGAUGGACGCGGCGCGACGGCGGCGACGGCGGGCGACGCGGGCGGAGGCGCGUCGCGCGGGUCGAGACGGGACGCGACGUCGACGCGACCGCAGGACGCGUUCGAGGAUGCGGUGGAUAAUAGAUUAGAGAAUCACUCGCACAAGGGAUUGAUGCGACCGAUUGGGUUCGAUUCGUACGAGGAUUUCGAGCGAAAGGCGCGAGAGGAUGCGUAUCCCGCCUUUGCGCGGGAGAGCGGCGGGACGACGCUCCCGACGCCGAUGGACGACGAACACCCGCUCGUGGUGGUCGACACGGAAGAUGCGUUAGAGGAGCUGGCGACGCAUUUGGAGCAGUGUAAGGAGUUCGCGGUCGAUCUCGAGCAUCACUCGUAUCGAUCCUUCAAAGGUUUCACGUGCCUGAUGCAAGUGAGCACGCGCGAGAAGGAUUUUGUCGUCGACGUCUUGGCCCUGCGCUCGCUCGUGCGCGAUGCGCUGGGGAAAGCGUUCGCGGAUCCGAACACGCUCAAGGUGAUGCACGGCGCCGAUAACGACGUGCAGUGGCUUCAGAAGGAUUUCGGCAUUUUUGUCUCGUGUCUCUUCGACACCGGACAAGCCGCGCGCGUGCUCGAGCUCCCGAGCAAGGCGUUGGCGUAUCUCCUUCAGCACUACUGCGGAAUCAAGGCGAACAAAAAGUUUCAGCUCGCCGAUUGGCGAGUGCGCCCUCUCACGCGCGAGAUGUUGGAUUACGCCCGAGGGGACACGCAUUACUUGCUGUACGUGUACGACGAGCUAAAAAAGGCGCUCGCGGCGCGAGGAGAAAAUUCCAUCGCCGCGACGCUCACGCAAAGUCGCGACGUGUGUCUGAAGAAGUACCUCCCACCGACGUUCGACGAGGGCUCGUAUUACGAAGAUUUGCUCAAGACAAAUAACUUGACAAACCUGAACGACCCGCAGUUGGCGGUGUACGCCGCGCUGUUCAAGUGGCGAGACGCCGCGGCGAGAGAAGCCGAUGAAAGUCUAGGAUACGUCAUGCCGCGCGAGCUCAUGCUUCGUUUGGCGAUCGCCGCGCCAUCAACGAAGCGCGCGCUGAUGGAGGAGUGUCGAGGACAGGUCCCGCUCAUCGCCAAGCACGCCGAGACGGUGGCCGAUUUGAUUUCUCGAGCGCGCGCCAUGGGAGCGCCGAGUUUCAAGCCGUCUCUCGUCGAUCCCGUCGACGUGACCGCGGUGAGGACGACGGCGAACGUCACGGAACCGUCGAACGCUACGGGUGUCACCACCAAUCUCACGGCGAGCGUCGCGGAGACGACGGAGCAGCCGGAGCGAGCGAUGGCUCCCAUCGCCUCGGCGCCGACGAACAAGACCAAGCGCAAACGCGGAGGGUCGAUGGCGGCACUCAUGGGAGGUCACGUGACCACCGCGGCGUCAUCGCCCGAGAUCAUUCCGAUGCACGAAAUAUUCAACGUUUGGGGUGAUGAUGCGGCCCCGGUGGUGGGGACGAACGCGGUAGCGACGGUAACCGCGGCGCCGAGCGCGGCAACCGCGGCGCCGAAAGUGGAAGACUCGCAGCCCGCGCGACGUGCGGAGAUUGAAAUACCCGGGUUGGGCAUCCGGGUUCCGGCGCCGUUUCGUAAGGCGGGGUCAGAUUUGCCGUUCACCAUGCUCAGCGCUGAGCCUCACGUCGUGGAGAUGUCUCGCGCCGACGAAGCCGCCGCGGCGCGCGCCGAACUCGAGGCGCGCAGAGCGGAACGCAUGCGAGGCUACGACGAGAGCGACAGCGACAGCGAUAGCGAAGACGCUCGAAUCAAGGCGGAUCUACUGGCCACGGCGGAUAAGUUGAACGAUCCUGCAAAACGCGAUUCGUUUACGAAGCUCGCGACCGAGCGUUUCGGCGCGUCGGGCAUCGAGAUGUUCCUGCGCGAGGAGGAUCAGGGUCCGAAGAAGGGUUUCAACGAGCGCUUCAAGUCGGUUUACGAGGAGCCUUUCAAGGCUGGACCCAAGAGCAGAGCAUUUCCAAGAUCGGGAAAUAGGUACACGACGUUUGAUAAAUAG